GGGAUAUAUAAUGAGUAAUAAGGGUCAUUUUUGAUUUUACCUGUCUCUUUCCUUCCUCUUGCUUUCGUUUUGGUCUUGUUGAUAAGUGUGUAUGCUUAUCUUAGUUUGGCCAUUAGCUUCAUGAUUUUUGGUUUGAUCUAUUGCGUCCGAAGUAGAUAGUCUGACUAUUUGCCAUUCGCAUUUAACGAACGAUUUUUUUUUGUCUCACAGAGGGCUUUAAGUCCCGCCAUAUUCCAGCAAAAUGUUCAAUCCUCUUUUCUCCAAGUUGCUUCUUUCAUUGCCAUUACUCGCAAUCGGAACUGUCCCAGCUAUCGCAGCGAGUGGACCUCGAGGUGUUAACAAUACAUCAUCUCCAACAGUUAGUGUUCUAAACGGUACAUACUAUGGAACCUAUCUUCCAACAUACGAUGAAGAUAUUUUCCUAGGUAUACCCUUCGCGCAACCACCCGUCGGACCACUCCGUUUCAACCCGCCCCAAUCUCUCAAUACCACUUGGGAUACUCCACGCAAUGCCACGGAGUACUCCCCUGAAUGCAUCGGCUACGGUUCCGAUAAUUGGGUUUUGGGAAACAUCAUCUCAGAAGAUUGCUUAACAUUAAAUGUUGUGCGUCCUAGUGGUAUCUCUCCAGAUGCAAAUCUGCCUGUAGCAGUUUGGAUCCAUGGAGGCGGUAAUACAGCAGGUGGAGCCAUGGACCCCCGAUACAAUCUUUCAUUUAUUGUUGCACAAUCGAUGGAAGCUGAAACUCCAAUGAUUGUUGUGAGUAUUCAAUAUCGAGUUUCUGGUUGGGGAUUCCUAUAUGGACAGGAAGUCCUCGAUGCAGGAAGUGCAAAUCUAGGAUUCAGAGAUCAGAGAUUGGCGCUUCAUUGGGUACAGGAAAAUAUUGGAUUUUUCGGUGGCGACAAGAAGAAAGUUACGAUUUGGGGAGAGAGUGCCGGGGCGGCCGGUGUCGGUGUGCAACUUGUGGCUUACGGCGGAAGAGAUGAUGGAUUAUUCAGAGGUGCCAUUACGCAGAGUGGAAGUCCAGUCGCUGCUAAACGCCUGAGUCUUGAAACUUGGCAAUCGGUUUACGAUAAUAUUACUAUCGCGGCCGGAUGUUCCAAUUCGAGUGAUACGCUUGAUUGUCUGCGUACUGUUCCUACAGAUCAGCUGAGCGCGAUAUUCAAUAGCUCCGUAACAGCAUCAGCAAGUUGGGGUAUCCAAAUCGACAACGACUUCGUGCUGAAGUCCGCUACUGCCCAACUUCUCGCUGGAGAAUUCGUUAAGGUACCUCACAUUACCGGUAGAAAUUUCGAUGAGGGAACCUCAUAUGCUACGAAAGGAAUUAACACUACCGCUCAAUUUUUAAGCAUGGUUCAGUCAGCGGGGCUUGAUAAUGCCACGACAAACACACUCGCAGCAUUAUAUCCUGACAUCCCAGCGGUUGGGAUCCCAGCCUCGCUGGUUGGACGCCCAUCACCUAGCGACGCGUCCUAUGGCGUACAAUGGAAACGAUCAGCCGCUUACGCGGGAGAUUUGCAACAACAUGCACCUCGGCGACUCAUGUCACAAUCAUGGGCAAAGUACAACGUGAGCAGUUAUUCCUACCACUGGAACGUGUUGGUAAAUGGAAUCAAACUCUCGCUUGGCGCGACCCAUUUCCAAGAGGUAGCGUUUGUCUUCAACAAUACUGGUGGUAUAGGAUACGACACUGCCGUUUCGCAAAACCCUUUUGAAGGCGAACCGGAGACGUUCGAUCAGUUGGCUGUUAUGAUGAGUGGGAUGUGGAUCAGUUUUAUUGUCAGCGGUGAUCCAAAUACGGGGAAAUUGAGCAAUGUCUCCUGGCCAAAAUAUACACUUGAUGAUCCGAAGAAUUUCGUCUUCGAUGUUAAUGCGACGAAUUUGGCAUAUGUAGAACCGGACUAUUAUAGAGCGGCGGAGAUUCAAUAUAUUUCGGAUCGUCUUGCUACGGCUUAUGGACGCUAGAGUGGGGAGGCAUGCGUUCGAAUAUGGAUUUGGUUGUUUGCAGCUUUUGUAUCAAAACUUGGGAUAAUGGUGCUUAGAUGCCAGCUUGAAAUAGUCGGUUUGAGAGAAGGUUAGAGGAGUUAUAGGAAUAGUUCCUUUGAUUUGACUCAAGUGUACGAUAGUAAUUACUUCAGGACCUAAUUUUAUAACACAAAAUGUAAAUAUUUCAUAAAACUGCA